AUGGAGUCAUUGUCUGCACUACAGGGAGUGAGUGGGGGAGCAGAGCCCAGGAGCGCUAUGGCAAUCAGGCCCUCUCUCCAGGCCGAGAGGAUGAGAGGAGAUGUGCGUGCAGGGGGCCAGGGGGUCCAGGGGGGCCUUGGCGCUUGGCUCAGAGUGCUACACUCCUCCCGCCCAGUGCUUCAUUUCAUGUCUACAGAAGUGGCCACUCAAAGAGUGAUUAGAGCAUUGGCAGCUCUGUGUGCUCUUUGGCUUCUUGGAGGCGUUGUUGUUGGUGUGUGGUACAUUGUCAAACUGUUUUUAAAGCCUACCUCAACUCAGAGUCCUACAGGGCUGGAGGACACCAAAGACACCCCCUUUUGCAACGUGUCAGAGGACACGGCUGCGACUGACCCCAGGAAAGUGUUUUACAGGAUCAGCGGCGAGAACUCUUUGCUAGAGAUCCGGUUGGAGAAGCUGCAGGCCUGGAUGCCUGUGUGCUAUGAGCGCUGGAACACCUCGCUAGGAAUGCUGGUGUGUCGUCAGCUGGGCUAUAUGAGAUUAACCGACCACAAAGGGGUGAAUUUGACUGACGUUGGCCCAAACUACACAGAUGGAUUUGUUCAAAUUACCUCAGAGCACCAAAACAGUCUAGAUAGUUUAUGGCAGUUCAGGGGCAGUUGCAGCACAGGAAGGGUGAUAGCUUUGAAAUGUUUUGAGUGUGGUACCAGGGCAAAGCUGUCAAGAAUAAUUGGGGGUGUUGAGGCUGCACCGGGCAGCUGGCCCUGGCAAGUGAGCCUGUACUACAACAACCGCCAUACCUGUGGAGGAGCCAUCAUCACCAGCCAGUGGGUCCUCACAGCUGCACACUGUGUCCACGAUUACAGGCUACCUCAGGCGUCCAGCUGGGCCGUCUAUGCUGGGACUGUAACACACAAUCCGGCUAAAGUGGCCAAGCAGUCUGUUUACGCUGUGGAGAAAAUCAUCUACAAUAAGAACUACAGCCACAGGAGUCAUGACAGUGAUAUCGCGCUGAUGAAGUUGAGGACUCCGUUCAAUUUUUCAGACACCAUCAGGCCUGUAUGUCUACCACAGUAUGACCACGAGUUUCCUGGAGGAACAGAGUGCUGGAUUUCUGGCUGGGGAUACACCCAUCCUGACAACAUUCAUAUUCCUGACACUCUAAAAGAGGCUCCAGUGCCCUUGAUAAGCACAAAGAAAUGCAACAGCUCCUGUAUGUACAAUGGAGAGGUGACCCCUCGCAUGCUCUGCGCUGGAUAUGCAGAGGGAAAAGUGGAUGCCUGUCAGGGCGACAGUGGAGGGCCUCUGGUUUGUCAGGACGAUAACGUAUGGAGGCUGGUUGGAAUUGUUAGUUGGGGGACAGGCUGUGCUGAGCCCAACCACCCAGGCGUAUACACCAAGGUAGCUGAGUUUUUAGGGUGGAUCUUUGACACGGUAGAGACCUACUAA